AUGGAGAGCCAGCGGCUGUCCUCCUACGGGCGCCGCUUCGGCCCCGCCACCGCCCCGGCACCCCGCGUCGUCCCCGUGCGCUGGGGACCGCCCGCCGGCUCCCCGGCCCGGCUCGUCGCCGCCCGGGCCAGGAGCGUCCAGCUCGGCGCCCGCUCGGGCUCCCGCCUGGGGCUGGGCAAGAUGGACUUCUCGCUGGCCGACGCGCUCAACUCGGAGUUCAGGGAGACGCGCACCAACGAGAAGGUGGAGAUGAUGGAGCUCAACGACCGCUUCGCCAGCUACAUCGAGAAGGUCCGGCUGCUGGAGCAGCAGAACAAGGUGCUGGUGGUGGAGCUCAACCAGGCGCGGGACCAGGAGCCCUCGCGGCUGGCCGACAUCUACCAGGAGGAGCUGCGCGACCUGCGGCACCACGUGGAGCAGCUCGCCACCGCCAAAGCCCGCCUGGAGAUCGAGCGGGACAACCUCGCUGAGGACCUUGGUGGUCUCCGGCAAAAGCUCCAGGACGAGGUGACCCUGCGGCUGGAGGCCGAGAGCACCCUGGCUGCCUACAGGCAGGACGUGGAUGCGGCCGCGCUGGCUCGCCUGGACCUGGAGCGCAGGGUGGGCUCCCUGCAGGAGGAGAUCACCUUCCUGAGGAAGGUCCACGACGAGGAGCUGCGGGAGCUGCAGGAGCAGCUGGCCCAGCACCAGGUGCACAUCGAGAUGGACGUGAGCAAGCCGGACCUGACGGCGGCCCUGCGGGAGAUCCGCACCCAGUACGAGUCCAUGGCUGCCAGCAACAUCCAGGAGACCGAGGAGUGGUACAAGUCCAAGUUCGCAGACCUGACGGACGCGGCGGCCCGGCACGCGGAGGCCCUGCGCCUGGCCAAGCAGGAGGCCAACGACUACCGGCGCCAGCUCCAGGCCCUCACGUGCGACCUGGAGGCUCUGCGGGGCUCGAACGAGUCCCUGGAGAGGCAGCUGCGGGAGAUGGAGGACCGCUACGCCCUGGAGACGGCCGGCUACCAGGACACGGUCCUGCGGCUGGAGGAGGACAUCCGCAGCCUCAAGGAGGAGAUGGCGCGGCACCUGCAGGAGUACCAAGACCUGCUCAACGUCAAGCUGGCCCUGGACAUCGAGAUCGCCACAUAUCGCAAGCUGCUGGAGGGCGAGGAGAGCAGGAUCACCAUUCCUGUGCAGACCUUCUCCAACCUGCAGAUCCGAGAGACCAGCCUGGACACCAAAUCUGUGUCGGAAGCUCACCUGAAGAGGAGCAUCGUGGUCAAGACUGUGGAGACCAGAGAUGGAGAGGUGAUCAAGGAGUCCAAGCAGGAGCACAAGGAGGUGGCAUAAGCUGGGGAGGACGCAGGCGGACGCUAGCAGCAGACGCACGCUUGUAGCCAUAGCUAUGUAGGUCCUGGCCGCCGUCCUGUGCCCAGCUGCUGCGAGGGAGCCCCGUGGCCAGGCACGGGUCGCCGCCUCCAUGGCCCGACCGGAGGAGCUGGUGGUCCCGACGUGUGGGACAUGGCUGCACGUUGGCUGGGACAUCUCUCCCUGGGCCGUGGGGACCUCACUGACACCUGGUCCCUUCACAGGGGGUUGGCAAAACACCCCGGCUGACCACACGCUGUGCGGGGAGGAGACGGGUGUUACGGGGCAGAAGCGAGUGGUACUCGGGCAGAGCCAAGCUCUCCUCCCCCGGGAUGCUGCCGUGUUUCCGCAGCACGGAGGGACGAGGGUUUUGGAGGGGCCGCACCAGCAUUUGCUUUGGAUAUCUGGCUUGGCCGACGUGCGGGGAGGGAGCCUGUCCCGUUUCCAUCUCUCUGCGCUCAUCGGGCAAGAGGAGAGAGCAAGGAGCAUCUGUCUCUGCGUCCCACCUUGCUGCCCACCCUCUGCUCCGGGAGGCCACCCUCAAUCUCCCCGGUGUGUCCAGGUCCUGAGCAUCACAGGGGAGUCCGAGGGGACGAGGUGCUGGCUGGCAAGGGACCUUUCCCCAUCACUGAGCAUCGAGCGUAGCCAAGAGGAGAAAGGGGAGGAUGGAACUGCACGAGGAAAACACGGUGCUGUCAGGAGGCUGCAAAGCGGUGAUGAAAUCAGGAUAAUGAGGAAUGUCGGGGACUCUGGGUUGUCAGGGGCGGUUCGAGGGGCCGGAGUGAUGGCGGGCACGGCCACGUGGGGCAGUGGGGUGGGUGGGCCGUGGUGGCAUUCCCUGGCAUGGAGCCACGUGAUCCCGAUGGGGUACCCACCACCGAGAUGCCCCCAUCCCCACGGUGGGGAAAAUGGUCCCCAGGGGCUCAUGGCGAGGGGUCACGCAAUGCCAUGUGCCUGGUCCCUCACUUAGGAGGUUCCUACGGAGGUAAAAAUGAAGAGGAGGGGAGUGAAAGGAAGAGAGGGGAAGAGGAGGAGGAGGAGGAGGGUGUCCAGGCACCCGUGGGUGCUCUCAGGAGCAGGAGGUGCUGGGGAAGGAAGGCUGCAGCCAUCCUCAUUCUGCCUGUCCCACCUGGGCUUGCAGCAAGUCCCACCACUGCUUUCCCACUAUGGUGAGCUGGGGGAUGGAGACCUGGCUCUGCAUGAGCCGCAAUCCCUGCCAUGCGCAGAGCCCCCAAGCCUGGCUCCCCAUGUGGGCACACAAAAUGGGAUUGGGAAGAAAUCCCUCAUCCCCGGGGCUUGCGUGGCCCUGUCCCCCUCAUCCUCCCUCGCUGCCCCCAUCCAGACCAGCACACACCACUAGUCCAUCCAGGGCUGCAGCCUGGCACAGAGCAGCUCCGCGGGGUGCCGGGGCUCCCUGGCAACCCUCCGCCCCCACCUCAGAUUUAGCUACUGACCGCAAGCAAAACCUGCCCCGCUUUUCGGCUAUGCUGCCUGAGCCACCUACCAUAGGAGCAACGACCCGGUGGUGCUUCCCUUAUCCCGUAAGCCCGUAGUGAUGAGCGCGUGGGAUGCCACCAGGAUGACGUCCCUCUCACCCCCUGGCUCGGGUGCUCAGCGUGCUUUGCAGAUGCUAACUCCAGAAAGCUCAUCCCUGGGUGCAAGGGGUGUUACUGGGGGAGACCCAGGUCCUGCCCAGCUUUGGCCUCUGGGGCUCAGCCCCACUCAAGGGUGUCCUGCAAGAGCCCUGCAGGUGGUACUCACUGCCAUGGGGUCCCUGCAAUGGUCAGGCUGGAGAUGGCUCGGGGCCAGGGGGCUCAGCCAGUCCCCCGUGUCCUGCGUCCUGGGAUGAGCCAGGCUGCGCGUAAGCAGCCUCCAGCUGAAGCGCUUGCAGUACACAUCGCUACUGAACCAAUGUACUAACGUCCGCGGCAGCAUGAGACGAGAAAUAAAGCUAACGCAAGCGCUGCGCUUC